AACCCCCCUUGGCCUUGCUAGUACCGGAAGUAGUCGUUCAUUUGUCGUCUUCUGUUGUGUGGCGUUUGGCGCAACCAGAGCGUACUUGAUUCGGCAAGAGAAGAGCCUGUAGUGUCGCAGUCAUGCCGCCUGGGCCUGUGCAGAUCAUGCAGCCGGAGCUAACGUUAAAUAACAAGGAGCAGAAAGAAGAGACUCCAGCCACAAAGCCCAUUGUUGGAAUCAUCUAUCCGCCUCCUGAAGUCCGGAACAUUGUUGACAAGACUGCCAGCUUCGUGGCCAGGAAUGGACCUGAGUUCGAGGCCAGGAUUCGACAGAAUGAAAUCAACAACCCAAAAUUCAACUUCCUCAACCCCAACGACCCUUACCAUGCUUACUACCGCCACAAGGUCAACGAGUUCAAGGAGGGUAAAGCUCAGGAACCGUCUGCGGCGGUGCCUAAAGUCAUGCAACAGCAAGCAUCACAGCAGCUUCCUCAGAAGGUUCAAGCGCAGGUGAUCCAUGAGACGGUGGUGCCCAAGGAGCCUCCACCUGAGUUUGAGUUCAUUGCCGACCCUCCCUCCAUCUCAGCCUUUGACCUGGAUGUGGUGAAGCUGACCGCACAGUUCGUCGCCCGAAAUGGCCGUCAGUUUCUCACGCAGCUGAUGCAGAAGGAGCAGAGGAACUACCAGUUUGACUUCCUGCGACCACAGCACAGCUUGUUCAACUACUUUACAAAACUGGUGGAACAGUACACAAAGGUUUUAAUCCCUCCAAAAGGUCUUUUGCUGAAACUGAAGAAGGAAGCAGAGAAUUCUCGUGAGGUCUUGGACCAGGUCAGAUAUCGCGUGGAGUGGGCCAAAUUCCAGGAACGAGAGAGGAAGAAGGAAGAGGAGGAGCGAGAGAAGGAGAGGGUGGCUUAUGCUCAGAUUGACUGGCAUGACUUUGUGGUCGUGGAGACGGUGGACUUCCAACCAAAUGAACAAGGUAAUUUCCCUCCUCCCACUACUCCUGAGGAGCUGGGCGCUCGUAUCCUGAUCCAGGAGCGCUAUGAGAAAUUUGGAGAGAGUGAAGAGGUGGAGAUGGAGGUAGAGAGUGAAGAUGAAGAGGAUGAGAGAGGGGGCAGGGAGGACAGACACGCAGCUCAGCUGGACCAGGACACACAGCUGCAGGACAUGGACGAGGGCUCUGAUGAAGAGGAUGAUGGCAUGAAAGCUCCUCUACCCCCUGAUAACCCCAUGCCACCACCUCUGCCCCCCACCCCAGACCAGGUUAUCAUUCGCAAAGACUACGACCCCAAGGCCUCUAAGUCCCUGCUCCCCAUGGUCUCCUCUGACGAGUACCUCAUCUCCCCCAUCACGGGUGAGAAGAUCCCAGCCAGUAAGAUGCAGGAGCACAUGCGCAUCGGCCUUCUGGAUCCCCGCUGGCUGGAGGAGCGUGACCGCAACAUCCGAGAGCGUCGGAUCGAGGAGGAGGUGUACGCUCCCGGCCUGGACAUCGAGAGCAGCCUGAAGCAGCUGGCCGAGAGACGUACCGAUAUCUUUGGUGUGGAAGAAACGGCCAUCGGUAAGAAGAUCGGAGAGGAGGAGAUACAGAAGCCUGAGGAGAAGGUCACAUGGGACGGUCACUCAGGCAGUAUGGCUCGUACCCAGCAGGCGGCUCAGGCUAACAUCACCCUGCAGGAGCAGAUCGAAGCCAUCCACAAAGCUAAAGGUCUGGUGCAGGAGGACGACACCAAGGAGAAGAUCGGCCCGAGCAAGCCCAAUGAGAUGCCUCAGCCGCCCAUGUCAUCAGCAGCCUCCAGCAUGCCCAAACCCAACCCACCAAUCAACACCAUGCCCAGACCUCCUGUGAGUCUCAAUCUGUUUCUGCAUUCAAGAAUGGCACCCCAAGUACGGACCACUUUGCUUCCUGCUGUGCCAGUCAUACCCAGACCUCCAGUUUCCCCUGUGGUGCGCCUGGGCCCUGGACAAGUUCUGGCUCCCAUGCCACCCAUGCUCCACGCCCCACGCAUCAAUGUGGUGCCCAUGCCACCCUCAGGACCCCAUAUUAUGGCACCCAGACCUCCACCUAUGGUGGUCCCUGCUGGUUUUGUACCCGCUCCCCCUGUGCCUCAACCUCCCAGCUCUGUUUCCGCCCCCAUGCCUCCUGCUCAUCCUCCACCUCCUCACGAGGACGAGCCUUCCAGCAAGAAAAUGAAGACCGAGGACAACCUGAUUCCAGAAGAGGAGUUCCUGCGCAGGACCAAGGGACCUGUUGCAGUCAAAGUGCAAGUGCCCAACAUGCAGGACAAGACCGAAUGGAAGCUGAGUGGCCAAGUGCUAAACUUCAACCUGCCUCUCACAGACCAGGUAUCUGUCAUCAAGGUUAAGAUCCAUGAAGCCACUGGUAUGCCGGCUGGAAAGCAGAAGCUGCAGUAUGAGGGUAUUUUCAUCAAAGAUUCCAACUCUCUGGCAUAUUACAACAUGAACAAUGGCUCCGUCAUCCAUCUGGCCCUUAAGGAGAGAGGAGGAAGGAAGAAGUAGAUCGCUCAUGUUUUCUGUUUCAAAUCUUUCACAUUUAUUAUUGUGCUUAUAAUCCUGCUACAUUUGUACACUUCACAGGACUUGUGCUGUGCUCUUUAGAAAAACUGUAAUGCAAAGUAAUGUGUCUUGUGAUGUUGUACCAAUGUGUGUAACAUUCAAUGCAUGAAUGAUUAAAUAACAGCACAUUUAAUAUUGGCAGUAGUCUCCUAGCAAACCGCUUGUAGACUGUUUUUAGUUGCACUUCUUUUUAUUGAAGUGAUUGUGUGAAAUAAAUAUCUGCAAAUUUGAAGUUCAGUUUUGAAACAUCACAUUUUGUGGGAUAUAUAUUAAACGCAUAAAAAUGUACCUUAGGAUAAUGUACCUAAUAAAUUUCAAUAAGUAAUGUUA